CCUCAACCUCAGUCAGAAGCAACCCCAAAACCUCUUCUACGACUUGUAGUCAAAUUCAUCACAACUUGUACGUCAAUUUUAUUUGAAAAGUCAAGUUGCACUUAACUUUGCAUCAAUUCAGUUUGGUAGCUGCAUCUUUACCUUUUCUUGCCACCUGCUAAAGACUUCCACUGCAUCUGCAUUUGCAUCAUUUUAUUGAGACUCUCGCUUUCCCGAACCACAGUCACCCGCCAAACAGACCUACUUAUUUGUUUUCGUCCCAAGAACCGUAUCAAAAUGAAGACGUGCACCGCGUUUUCCGCGACUCUGUUGCUGUCCGCACAGCCAACAGCAGCCUCCUUGAAUCUGGGUAUGGAACCCCUAGAACGGAGAGCGCCCUCGGUUCCCGCGACGCCGGCGCCGCUGGGCACAGGAGCAUCCUCUUCGCGUGGCGGUUUGUUGGAGACCCCGCCACCGAGGGCAGCGGCAACCCACGGUCGCAGUUCCGCGUCCAGCUCUAGUGCCAUGUCUUAUCUGCAAACCCCCUCGAUCCAGGUGUCUCGGCUCUCGGACAUCAGCACCCGAGCGCCGUCGAGUUUCCCGCCCACCCCCGCGGAUGCGGUCCGACCGCAGGUUUUGUUCCGGGGCGCGCGCAGCAACGCGGAGAUGCUCGCGGAGCAGCGGGCGGCCGAGCGAGCGGCCGCAGGAGGACAAGUUCAAUUACAGCCAGACCGCGCUUUAGUAGACGACCCUGUUCAGCGCGGUGCCGCCCCCCUGGGCCCCCCGCCGAAGCGCCGGCCGAAGACCGUAGCGCAAAAACGACAAGACAAAGCGUCGCAGUUCUUAUCAAACGGCGGGAACACGGAUUUAACCUGGUUGUCCAAAGAGUUCCAGCAGGUGAAUAAAGACGCACUCAUCCCGCAACUCGCCGACUCCUCCCUGCAGGACAAGUUCCUGCACCCGUUUUUGGUUCACGACUACCGCGCGAUGGACUUGGUCAAGGACGAUAUGGGAGACAGCGAGGACUACAAGCAGGAAAAUUCCUACUGGCUGAGCAUCCGCAACCCUGAGCAGCGCGACCAACAGAGCGGGCGACUGUUGAAAUUUGAUUGGGAGAACGACUAUCCGACCAGAAAGGACACCUACGAUUGGAUGAACAACUUCCUGAUCACGAAACUGCCCCGCGCAGUCGCUCUAGUGCCGAAUGGGUCGCCGGUGGUCCGCCAGAACGCGAUGGUGCUUCGUGAUUCGGCAACUCGGUACUACCCCUCCUGGAUCCACUUCUCGAUGGACUUUGCGGGGAAAGGGUGGCAGCAGUACAGUGUGGUGGAACGGAUGUUGCUGCAGAACUUCAACCUGUUUGACAAGAAGUUGCACCAGUUGUCCUCUACUUCUACCGCUGGGAGUAAAAGCGACGAGCCGGAGAGCACAAAUUCCGCCGUUUUGCAGUCCCACAAACGAGAAAACAAAGAGAAGCAGAUGGCCUACCUCGAUCUGCCGGAGCUCGCCCCGCUUUUCUUCCCGAACCACGUGCCCGAAGACCGCGCGGACGCCGCGGGUGCCGGUGGCGGCGCCGGGUUUCCGGACGUGGCAGUCGCGAAUUUGGCGGAAAACCAGUUCCAGGGGUUACAAGGGAAGGAAUUACUGCAGGUGCAGUUCACGCUCUUUCCGAAGACUGAGCAGCAAUCGCUGGAUUUGUUACGGAAAAUCGAGAAUAAUGUUGAUUUCGACUAUCGCCGGCUGGAGCGGAUGUGCUGGGAGAUGUUCGACAACGGACAGGUCAAAUCGAACCAGAAGAACAAAUUUCUUCUCCCGAUUGUCAACAUGAUGUACGCACCGAAUAGCGAGCGCGUUUCGGAUCUCUUGCCGAAAAAGUUCACCGGGAUUCGGGUGUCGCAAAAACCGGUUUCCUCAUCUGUUGCUUCUUCCCGAGCUGGUGAAAGAGAUCAUCAUCAUCAUGCUGGGCAACAGGAAAUGGUCCGGAUGGAGCGAAUCGACUAUCAACUGUCCUUAUCAAAUGUAAAAAUGUCUGGGUCUGGAAUGUUGCAGGGUUUGUCAUGCAUAUUUUGCAUGACUCAGGAUGUCUGUAAUGCACGACCUAGCAUCACAGAUUUUUAGACGGCUUCCUGAUGCCUAUUCCGCAUGAGAAAUUCCCUCCCCGCGUAGCACAAACUAGACUCCUCUUGCUGGUCAUGCAAUACAGAUUUUUUUAGAGUUCAAAGUUAGCAUCACAAGUUCCAACCUUCCAGACCCAGACAUUUUUACAUUUGAUAGUCCUGGGUUAUUGAUCCUGAUUUCGAGGCCGACGAGACCGACCCGAAUAUGGCCAACAAGCAAGGCUUUCUCCUCGAGUCGAUCCAGCCGGUUGUGAAGGGACAAAAGGAGUUCUUCCCCGCGUCCGGGGCAAAAAUGCUGAGCGAGCAGGGCAUGUCGAUCGAGGUUGCCGACAAGGGAAAGACCGUGAAGUUUUCCAUCCGGGGGAAUGAGGGGCUUCACAACGACAUGUCUAUGGCCGUGAAGUCCGACACGCCGGUCAAACUAUUAGGUCAGGUCCACGCGCGGUCGCUCGCAAAACGGAAGCGGAUCGCCGCGCCGUUGAACUUCAUGCGGUUUUACAGUUUUACCCCCAUGGGUAGAAAGACUGCUGUGGCAGCGGGUUUGGUGGAAGCGCCGGUGCGGAGAGGUGGGAAAGAACUCGCAGCUGCUUCCAGCUCCGGGCUCUUUCGUCCGGAUUACUUCGAGGAAGAGCGGGAUGGGCGUACAGAAGCGUGAGAGAAGGCAGUUCGAUGGAAGCAGUGAAAAAAUUUUAAAACAUGUAAGUUGUACAGGAUGUCGAUCAUACCUAGUUUUCUAUUGACGUUAUAUUUGGGAUGAACUUUGACACAGAAGAUUUCUUUCAUGCAUAGUUUUGCUUCGUCUACGUCUUCGGAUACUGCCUUCUUUUCCCGAGUUUGCGCAGAGUAUACACCUAAUUAACGCCGUUAUAGUGCGCGUGGUUUGAUGAAAGUCAUUAUGUCGCUUCUCGGCAUAGAAAAUCAGUAAACCUAGCGAUAGGAAUUCAAUAGUUGCUGUUGCUCUGUGCGAGGCGCUCGUUGACUGGACACUAAUGUUGACUGAAUGGAUUUUGGGUACUAGUUAACACUCUGACCAUUUCUCGUCUUAAUUCAAAGCGGCCUUUGUAUCCGUGUUGUUCUUCAAGAACACACGUCUAAUUAAACAGGAUCCUAUGCAUAUCAUACUCCUAGUAAGUUGUAGAAAUCAUGCUGAAAAAAUCAGCAGAAAAAGAGGUUCUAGACAGUUGAAAUUGCUUCGUACUUGUCAGCGUCGUACUACCGCUAUUACUUAGUAUAAUUCAACACAAUUUAUUCCAGUGAAUCUCGUCACUGGCAAAGCAAAGAGAAUAAACCACGCUAAUUCAUCAUCAUCGCAGCGUAGUAUUAGACACACACCACACAUUCACAUUCUACAGAAAACAACUCUUGAAACAUGUACACGAACAUUCCACCAUGGUCCACGAAAAACAGCGCUGACAGUUUUUGCUCUGAGAAGAAGCUUGCACUUGGAAAACGAU